AUGGGAGCUGCUUUCUCUAGAUCUUCGACCCUUUUUAAUUGUCAAAUUAGUCUAAUUAGAACUCAGAAGGACCAACCGGAGCUGGCUCGCCCCACAUGGAUAGCGAAAAACCUUCGACCAUCCCAAAAGCGUACGAAAAAAAUCCGCUCGCCAAGACCUGAGCGAAAUUCACGAGUCCACCCCUUAAAUUCGCGAGCACGUGCGCGUGUUAUGCCGGACAACGGCCCUCACAACAACAAACACGAGCACGGCAACAACAACACGAGUUGGGGGGGGAGUGGGCUUAAGCGAGCGCAGCAAGCAGAGAUUUGUCACUGCAACAAGUAACUGGGUGAAUUUACAGUAAUUGCAGUACGGUAAUUUACUUGUGUAUGUUGGGUGGACGGACGAGCAUGGGUGUUUUGGAAUCCCGUCCUUGUUAUUGGUUGCUUUGUUUGAGUUCUGUGUGGUACUGGUAUUAGACUAUGGUGUCGUGCCGUGACCGUUUACUUUUACCUUUUGUCAUCGGUUAUUUGCACUGCGGUAGGCUGCUGCUGCCUGCACUCGUGCUAGGCAGGUUGGGCGAAAGCAUCCUCUUCCCCUCCAUCGUCGAGCUGAACUCUCUCUCUCCUUCCUACCACUAACAUCGCGUCCCAACCGGCAACUGGACUACUCGAGUACUGUACUCGUACUGUACUAGUACACACAAAUAGUUUAAGACUCACUUUUCCCUACGCUACUGUGCUCGAUACACACUUUUUUUUUUUUCUUUGAAAAAUAAGUUUUGCUAAAUCCGUCCACGGCUGAAAAAAAAAAAAAAAAAAGAAGAAGGGUUUGUGGUGCGGAUAAGGUUUUGUGGAGAGCUGUUUUACCCUUUUUUUCCGUGGAGUAGGGGGGUUAUUUUUGGUUUUCGAUUUCUUUGUCCUUUUAUUG